AUUACUCCUCAAGCAGAUAGUUCCAACGUUGACGAUCUCUAUUCACAGCGGCCAGCGGUCAAGAAGAGGAAGUGCAUCUCGAAUGGUUCUCAACCACAACACUUCGAAACUGAAGAAAUACCCUCCUCCUCUCACACUGGCAACACCCUUCAAAAGACGCAGCAUACAGCACGCACAUCACUCCUACCCCAGCCAGCCGUUACCAACCCAGAAGCACCAACAUCACAAAGCAAGCCAACACUCAUUCUUACAACCCCUAGCCCUCUGAGCCCUCGGCAUCAAGAUCAAUCACAAACAAAAUCACAAUCACCUCCUCCAGGUUCACGGUCUCACUUCAUACAACCCCACCAAUCUCUACCCCAAUACCACUUUAGAGUCGCAACUCCAACAACUCCAACCCAAAAAGCAACAACAAACUUCCCCAAGAAACGAAAGAAAUACGGCACAGCCUACGAAGUCUCCCGCGCCCGCCAAAUCCAAGCGACGGGCGUUCCCGGACCGUGUCACUCGUGCGCUCGUAGACAGAGACAGCUGGAUGAGGUAGCUGCUGCUGCUGGGAAUGUCGGAGGGGGCCUGAUUGGUACAGGUACGCGUAAUGGUAUAGGACGUUUCGCGAGGCCUCAGAGGGGUGAUGAGUUCUUGCCUUGUACGGUUUUGAGCAACGGUAGCGGUCACGCCGAUGGUGGCGGGACGGGUAAUGGUGGUGGUAUUCAGAGAAGAAAUGGAAAUGGUGGUAAUCGUGGGACUGGGACUGGGCCGACACCCUGCGCGAGGUGUAAGAGUAUCAAGAUGAAGUGUGAGGGUUAA